AGACCAUUUUCGGAAAAAUCGCAGUUUUUUUUUCGGCGCGGCUCGGCAUGUACGCGUUUUGUGGGCGGUCGGAGUGCGCCCAUCGUUGACCGAUAAUCAAUAACGGUUGGGUGGGAUGCAUUGGAGGCCAUCGCACAGCUGAUUGUUGUUCGCGGUCGAAUCGUGAGGCGCGGUAACGAGGAAAACCCGUUCGUUCGUGUAGGCGCCAGUGAUGGUGAAGAGGAUAAUAAUGAAUGAAGUGAUGGAACCCGCAUCGUGGAAUCCUUGCGGUACAAUCUGUAGCGUACAGAUAUCGCGCAAGGAUGAAAAACGUGUAUGGGAAUAUGUUAUUUAAAUUCUUCCUGCAGGUAUGGAAAUCAAUAACUAGCGGAAGAAUGGCAAUUCUAACCUCACUUUCGCGUAUUCAGGUACGUUUGUGCAAUGUGAGCGAGUGAUUAAACCUUAUCGGUCAGUAGGUAAAGCAGUCGGAUGGAUCAUCUCAUCGAUCCACGGCGCUAUUGAGAUCAAGUAAUUGUGUGAAAAUUUAUCAGUCACCGUAAAAGUGUAAGGAAAUAAUACCGAAGAAGGCCUAAAUGUGUACGCUCAGAGUGAGGUUAGAUCUAGGCGAAAAAGCGAGGUGAUUUAUUUAUAUGUGCAGAAAUAGAAGAAAAUAAAAUAUAUACGGCACGGCAUGUAUUUUCGGCCGCAGAGUGCGCCGCUAGACGGUCAAAUAUUAAUGAAGCAACAUAAAAAUAAACAUCAAAAUAGCAUAAUAAAACUUCAACUAUACGCGAGAGCCGGGAGCAUAUUAGUGCAGUUUUAGUGAGCCGAGAGAAGAAGCUCGCAAAAGAUCAGUCGGCUGUCACCGCACUCUCGAUGCUGAACUUGGGGUAGAGACCGAGGUCUAGCAGCAGUCAGCAAAGUACGGUGAUAAGUGAUUGCAAUUUGAAGAAAACAGUGAUUAUUAUUGUUCGAUCAAUAAUGGUGCUACUAGGCAAAGAAAACGUGUGUUCUAUCGUGCUAGCAGAAGCAUUUAAAUAUCUCUUGUGUGUCUGUGCGAAAUGUAAUGUCAAGUGAUAGUAAAGCCCUGCGGUGGCCACCGGGUCAGUUGUGUGCAUUCCUAGCAGCGAUCACGGCACCGACGUUAGUUCGGUGAAUCUCAACAGCCGCAGUGGCCCCCCAGAAUGUGUCCAGUGGUGCCGUGGGGGCCAGCCGAACGUACUGGCUGAUCCUAAUGCUGCUGACUUAUUUGGCUUCGUCGGCGUGUCCCCUAACGGUGCCACCAGCGGCACAGUCUCAGCUUCCCAGUAAACAGCAGUUCGACAUCACGAUUGGUAGCAGUACCGGGAAAGUACCUGCCACCACCCAAAUGGACAGUCCUCAAAAGCAACUGCAGCAGCAGCAGAAGCAACAACCGAUUCAUUCAAAUGGUCAACGAAUAGUUGAUUCUGUGUCAUCAAUCGAUCUCAUUCGCUUUUGGCCAGAUACCCCACCGGAUUUGUAUAAUAUCACUCUUAGGGCAAUGAAACAGUACAUCAGAAGUCAGCUCAAUUCUACCAGGUAUGGGAAAGCUCCCCGUAAGCGAUCCCACCACCACAACGACUCAGAUUUUGACUUUUAUUUGAAAUUUAAGGAGUACAACAAUAGUCACUCGUCAUCGUUAAAAAGUGCUGGCGUUUUAGCUUCUGGUGGAAAUAAAUCGUUUAGUUCAAGUUUCCCUCAGAGCAACCAAUCUUGGUUUAAUGCUUCGUUCGGAUCUCCUUCGAAAACAGCGGAUGUCUCGCAUUUGGGUAUACAAGUUGAUGAUCCGCUGGCUUCGUAUAACCUUCCUGAAGGGCAGGAAGUAGUAAAAUGCGAAGAAAUGGCGAGUGAGAAAGGUGGCGACUUGAGAGGUUCUAGAGUAAACCAACAAACUGCAACAGCGACCGGUACGACUAACCAAAAGGACUAUAAUGUCCUAAUGGAUGAUCCACGUGGCUAUAUCACCGCCUCGUCAUCCUAUCCGCAACGGCCGGCGAAGACUACAAGCUGGGAUACGGCGUUUAUCAGACAUAGAGGUUACGUCUACUGCCUGUUAUCGUUCUCGCUCAUCGGCGUAGUUGUGUUGGGUCUGUUCGGCGUGUAUCGGUGUCUUCGUGUGACCGCCAGUCGUGCACCGCCCGAGGCUCUGGCUCUGCCAAUCCAGUUCAUCACCGACGACUUAGCAGCAGCCGUAGCAGCACCUCUAAACGCCGACUCUAAUCAUCCGUCUGUACCCAUGCUAUCGGUACAGUCACCCGGCUGCGCGGGGAUGGAGCGGCUUGGCGUUCCUGCCCGCAGUUCCAUUGGCUCACCACCUCUCAGAGAUGAACGUCGACGAUUACGAGUAGACUCUGGCGUUGCAAACGCCACCACCAGCUCUUCCGCAAUUUACCAGCAUCAUCCCAACGUGCAUCAUCACAGCCAUCACGCGCUUCACCAACAUGACCAUCAAAGUACCACUAGCAGUAAUUUUAUUAGCAAUCAUAACUACCACCACUCCCAGUUCCACCAAACGACUGCAGCGACGACGGCCAACAGCAUUCGGCAUCAGACGUCCUUGACGACAGCGACCUCUUCUGCGACGACAGCGCAAAAAGCAAACUCACCGACGACGGAUGCCAAUGGAAGCGUCGGUGGAAGUUCCGGCAGUAGUGGGUACGGCAAGGCUAACCAUCACUACCAGGGAAGUAAUAGUUUCUUUGGUGGAAGCAAUGGUACCAACAACAACACAAGCCUAUGCGGCAAUAGUAGCAUCAGCCGGUGUCCGUACCACGUGGCUCUGCCGGAUGGUGAACGGGGGCCCGAUCGGGACCUGCAGAUUCGAACAUCGUGUCAACAAUCGGAAAUUCCGCGAACCUACGUCAAAGCCCCACCGAAUAAAACGGUCGGCGAUGUGCCAGCCCAGUACCAGUCGGGUGCGUCGUCCACGUCAUCGUCCAGGAGUAAUCUCAACAGCCAGCUGCGCGGUUCCGGAGUGUCCAGCCUCAGCCACUCGCUCAGCGGUGGCUCCGCCAGUCUGGGCAACCGGGCGAUCGCCAACAGUCUAUCCACGCUAGGCAGCAGCGGCCACCACGGUUCGUCGAUCAGUGGUUCGAGCAGCCAGCAUCACCAAACACAACCCAAGUCUGACAAGUCUGAAAAGCUGAAGCAAAUCCUGCGGUUUCUCCCAGGUAACAAAACAUCCAAAUCAUCCACUAGUGGUAUUAAUGUUAAUAAUAGCGGUAAUAGCAGUAGUAAUAAUAACAAUUAUGGACCUAAUAGUAGCAGUACUAGCUGUAAUAAUAAUAAUUAUCAAACUCGAAGCAAUUCCUACGGAAAUGGGAGUGUGAUCGGAGCUAGUGGAAGUCGCGUGGGUGGGUUGAGUUCUAGUGGUGGGUCUAAUUUAGCAGUAAGUGGAAUACAUAAUCAUAAUCAUCACUACCGACAAUCGACCACGUCGGUUCAACACCGUCAGCAGCAGCAACAGCAGCAGACGGGGCUGUCCUCUUCGGUGCCGAGCGCUUCCUCCAGCUCGCUAAACCAGCAACAGGGCAGUAGCACACCGAUGUCCCUAUCUACCAGUCCCAGUCCGGAUACCAGUACGCACUAUAUGUGACAGGAUGGAGCGCCGGCACAGGAUAGUUGAAAUGCUGACCCCGGUCAUCGCGGUGAUCUGUUCCCCUUUCUGUUCGUUAAGCUAGCUAAUCGAUGUCGUGAUAAUAUUUGUGAUUCAUACUGCGAGCAAGAUGGCUGAUUGAUCUGCGGCAUUAAUAGAUGAAAUUACUUAUUUAUUGUAUUUUUUUUCGGCCCUCUCGAGGCUGUUCAGUUCGUUUUAGUGUGUCCAAACGACGGAACUAUUGUAACCAAAAAAAUUAAGUUUUGUUUCGAUUUCCUACAGUAUUUCAGCUGAGCAACACUUCGAUAAAAAAAAAAGAAAAUAAAUUUAAAUGUAUCCCUAAUUAGGACGAGGUUGUUGUGAAUCAAAUAUUGAAGUUCUUAGUUCAACAAUUGAUUGUCAUAACUUGGCUAAAGUGCAAGAAUCUUUUGAAAGUUUAAUUUGCAUCAAAACUUCAGAAUUUAGUUCGAAUCAUCUGUAGAUGUUGUACAAUUAGAAAGGUUUGAAUACCAAUGCACUUUUAAUAACAGUUGAAAAUGUAAUUUGAAACAGCUUUGAGAACUUAGCAUUGCUCAGUCAUUGACGUUUCGGUUGUCAAAAAUUACAAAACAAUUUUUCAAAGAAUUUAGUUGCGUUUAAUUCAGCUAUCUUCAAUGAGAUUUUCCAGGCAAUUUUUAAUUUAUUUAUUCAAUCGUACGUCAUUGUUUUUAACUUUGAAUAAUAAUUAUAUACAAAACAAAUUAAAAUCCGAGCAGCAUACCCAAAACUACACUCGCUCAUCCUGAUCCGACCAGAUUAGCUCCGCUUUUCACAAAACUCUCGCUAAAAUAGAAACACACAAAAAAUCCUCAGUUGCGUAUCGCUUUUCCACCAGGUAAACCAUCUUUAAAAAAAACUUAUAUUUUAUUACUUAGCAAGUAAGGUUAAAAACAAAACUAAACGGAAAAAUGUAUCAAAUUCAUGUGCAAGACUACCUUUUAGUAAAGUGUGCAACCAAAAUGAUGAACAAGAAACUCAACUGUCAGCUAAAUAGACGAAUCGAGGUUAGUUGUUAACUCAAAUGCAGGAAACCUGAAAAUUUAAGUAAAUUGACAGCCUUUUUGCUCUUCAUUUCCGAAGAGCAGAAUAAGAUAACGCUAGGGAAAUUUUAUUAUUUGUUAAGUUAAAUUAUUCAAUUAUAAAUCGAAAGUUUUGGCUAAGGGAAGCUAGAACAAACGAAAAGUCCCUGCGCAAACUAAAAAAACACACACAUACACACAGGUACAGAUACAAAACAGCUACAAUAGUGAAACAAUUCAGCUUCUUAAGUAUCACGCAUCAGGUUACAGUAAGUUGCUAAACGUUAAACAAAAUAAAAACAAAAUGGGAAAUAAUGGCUCAACUACUAAAAUUACGAUACAUAUAUAGCACGAAAAUAGUCAAAAUAUAGGUGGAGACAUACACACACACACAACAACAACAGGCAGACCCGCAAACAAACACACAUACACAAACAGAAACACAGCGUAGCAAAUAAAUGAAAAAUUACCGUCGAAAACAAUAUAAGCUUUUUUCGUCAAUAGCAACAAAAAUGAAAUAAAACUACUACUAAUACUAGUGACACAACUACUACUAUUAUUAUUACUUCUAUUACUACUAUUACCAUAACUACAAAACUACAGUAAAAGAAAAAUGCACUACUAUACAACUAACAGACAAAAAUUACAUGGCUGGGAAUGUGUAAUCUUUCUUUUAAAGUCAGCAGGAAAGGGCGAAAAAGAAGGAAAGAAAGGGACAUAGUAUAGCAAAAUAAGCGUAAAAUCCCGUACUAAGUUAGGCAAGAAAAUAGUUGACAGCAGCAGUCAUUCAAAUUAUGUUAGUGAAUGUGAGCGCAUGCUAAAACGAAACGAUUGAUGCGUAGAGUUACGAAAAUGUGAGUGUUCAUUGGUACGUCUAUACUUUUCCUCUUCAUUUGUGUAUGUUCGUAUCGUAACUCUUAUAGAUAGUAAUGUCAUAUUUAUUUUACCUUUCGCCGGAAAGACUUUCUGCCGACGUUAAAACACCCGAGGGUGGGGAAAAACAAAAAAAAAAUAAAACAAGCGCCAUAUGCCAUAUUUUUUUUAAGAUGUCGACAACAUUUUUCGAACAAAAUUUGUGAUAAGUUACCAAAUUCAAUGAAAUUCUAAAUUUACAGUUUUCGUUCAAUUUAAGCCAAAGUCAUAUCGAUUAAUGCACAUUGAAAUUGGGAGUUUCUGUCGACCAAAAAAUUAAACCAAAAUUGUUCAGACAAAACAAAAAAAAACUUAAUACCGGAAACUAUCCGCAGACCCAGGCAGUCGUGAUGUUGCCGGAAGUAGAAAUUCGUAUUUAAUGAGGUACUCGGUUGGCAGAGUUAGAGGAACGGAGUCGCUACUUGUGGUUUGCCGACGAAAAAAAAAACAAAACAAAACAAAAUGGUGUCACGCACGAAGGCGCAGUUCAACUGCAAAACGAAGCGUCAGGCGAGAAGAGUGAAAAUGUGAUAUAUCCAAGGUGAAAACAUAACCAGAUUAUAACUACUGAGCGGUGUUCAUUAUAUAAAAAGCAAACGUUGAAGGAAUGUAGCUUAAAGGUUAUUUUAGUCGCCAUUUUGUGUUGAUGUGGGGAAAGCAGCUGAGAAGCGCCAGAAUUAAAUUUACCAGGCAAAACGAGAAACACACGAACACCAUUAAUCAUUCACACAACGUUUCAACUAGCAAUGUGAUUGAAGAUAUCUGAAGUGGUAUUAUUUGUGUUGGAUUCUGAAUUUCAAUUUUACGAUGCGUAGCAUAAAAAACAAAGUUCAUUCAAUAAUGCGAGUUCAAACCAUGUACACCGUUUCAGUAAUCUUUAUUCACCAUCACAGAAAUAAACUUUGGUUUUUUUUUUUUGCUAAUUCAACCGGUUUUCUGUUUGACCAUUUUUCUAAGCAACUUGACAAAAUCAACUAAAAGUGUUUGGAAAGCUUACUGAACUAAAUUCUUGGACUUGUUUCGUGAGCUGUAGCAACUCCAAUGUGUUUAUCGAUUCCAAUUAAAAUAAACUUAAAUGUCAGGUUCAUAUCUACUCACCAACAUUGUCACAUAACAACAAAAAAGUCGCUAGUUAAAUUGUAUCUCUUAAAUCAAUCCAUAACCUAGAAAUCAAGAAUUACAUUCAAAAAACGAGUAAUCAAACAAAUAUCAACUAUACCUGUCUAUUCUACACAUUCAAAAGCUAAUUUCCCGUUGUCUGUAUCCUAAUAGUACCGUACCACCAAUUGCAUGUAGUAAAAACAAAUAGAAAUCGGAAUAUUUAUCAUAGCUCGUCCCCACAAAACAAACGCAUGUUCCCGUUAUAUCCUGUAUAAAAAAAACUUCGAUCGAAAGUAAAUAAACAAAUGCAAGUCUGUAAAUAUUGUAAAAUAAAUAUUUUAUUAAUAUCAGUAACAAACACAUAACAGCAACAGGUAACUUGAAAUCAAAUACAGAUAAAUGAAAUGCAUUUACGCCGACUAUUUUGUGAAUCUAGGCAUCACUCGUCUAUAGAUGGCCUGACUAGGUUGCUAUGCUUUUAUGUUUUUGUAUGAGUGGGCCACCUGUACUUUGAGUUAUGAAUCCAGCAAACAUCCGAUGUUCGAAGUUUCUACGAUUCCUUCGCGAUAGUUUUAUUUUUGUUUGAUCCAGCGAAUUACUAUUUUGAAUCUUAUAUUCUGUAGAACAAUUAUCGAAUGAUACUACCCAACUAUUCCAUUUCUCAUCCCAUAAUUAGAUUUUACUUUACUACACUGUUGUACAAUUCAUUCAGUUUAGCAAAAUGUAUAAGAAGUCCACUCAUACAACUAAAUUAUUGGUCGCCAUUAGUAAAGGUAUUCCCAACGAGAUAAGCAACCGAGCGUAGAAAAUGCAGCGAAUGCAACCACGACAAAUAGAGUCGAUGCUGCCUUUUCUCGCUCCAAAAAAACACAGUGAGAAAAAAUAAUCAAACUAAAGAUAUUCAAACAGUUUGGCGACUUUGUAUGAGCCACAAAAUGAAUGCAAAUUAGCGAAUGUCAUGGCCGAGGUAGACGAGAUUCAUCGUAGGCGAACCGAUCACUGAUGGGAAAAAGACGAUAAUUUAUUCCAUUGAAUACAAGUUUUCUUAUUUGUUUGAUAGCAAAAUAACUAACAAUCUAACUCUUAAACAAAUUAGCAAACUGGGCGACUAAUGUACCAACCAAUUGGUAGCAAGCCAGAAUAAACGCUAUAUCGGAAGUACCGCCAUUAGAAGCGAAACAAAAUACAUGUACAUUUAUUCGACGAAUAGAGAACAAGCAUGAAAUAUUUAACAAUAAUUGAAACCACUAGCACUGGGCAACUACAAUACAAUAAACUAAACGCUAUUAACUCAGAAAUGAAACACAAUUGGCAAACACACAGCUUUACAUACAGAAGAAAUAAUCAGAACGCCACAUAAGUUUAGUAGAGUUACUGAUAAAAAGCAAAGCAAAAUAAUAAUUGCAAACCAUCGUCUAAAAAAACGGCACAAGUGUGUACAUCUCUAUGAGUUUAGCAAUCAGAAAACGUCAAUAUUUUUAUACUUCAUCCAUUUCAACGGAAGCGCCUCUAAAUUAAACUGAAAAAAAAAACAAAGAAUAUUUUCUCGCCGAAUCAUUCAACAGCAACCAUAAUUGGACAUUAUAACAAAUUCAGAGGAAAACAAAUCAAAAGUAAAAAUUAAAACAUUUUCCAACAUACCGGAAAGCGAACCGCGACAAGUGAUUCCUCCUGUCCUUAGCACGCCGGCACGCGGGAAAAAAGCUUGGUAGUUUGUGUUUAUGUGUGCUCGUAGGAGAGAACGUAUGUGACGGACGUGGUGACGACUAACUACGGUAACACCCAGCGAUAGAUAUCGGGAACAUUUCCCAACCAGUCAAAAUUGAACAAAAACAAGAGCGGAACAUCCGCGGAUUAGGUCGUCUUUGGUAGGGAUCGCACGCCAACUGAAAUCGUUCAGCGAACAGAUUAGGCCAAGCAUUACAUAGGCAUGGAAAUCGAAAGGUGCGUACGCAGGCAGAAUGAGCGCGUAAGUGUGUGAGUGUGAUCGGGAAGAAGAACGUUUGCUAAACACGAAAAAUGUUGUCUGGGUAAUUGUAAUGGAAUCGAAGCGAAGCAAAAAAAAAUACACAUACGCAAGCGAGAGAAAACAAUGUAAAAAUCAUACCAUAACACGCGUAUGUAUAGCUGUAAGAAAUAUUUUACGUCAUCUUCUCGUUUUAAUUUUUAUUAUUUUUUAUUACGAGGAUAAUAAAAAUGUGAAAUUUUAAAUUAUAUAUUGAAAUAUAAAGAAAUAAAUGAUUAAUAUUUAUUAUGCAAGGAACCAUGCAAAUCGUGGACAAAUGGAAUAUAUAUUGAAAACAAUUAAACCAUUAUUGAAUAAUAAAUGAAAUUAACAUUCCCCAA